AAAUCCGGGCGGGGCGGCGCGGGGCGCAGACGGCGGCGCUGGUGACGCCGGCGGCGUGUCCGCUGUUCUGCCGUGCCGCCAUGGCGGCGCUGCCCGGUGCCGCGGCCCCGCGCCUGCUCCUCAUCCCUAGCAAAGCGGCUGAGGCUCCCGGCCCCGCGGCUGCCCGGCAUCUCUCCGUUGUCCUGCCGGCAGGAGCCGACCCCGGCCUCCCGGGGAUGGAGACCGCGCAGCCGGCCCGCAAGCGGCAGCGGCUCACGCAUCUGAGCCCGGAGGAGAAGGCGCUGCGCAGGAAGCUGAAGAACCGCGUGGCGGCACAGAGUGCCCGCGACAGGAAGAAGGCGCGGAUGACAGAGCUGGAGCAGCAGGUGGUGGAGCUGGAGGAGGAGAAUCAGAAGCUGCUGCGGGAAAACCAGCUCUUGCGGGAAAGGACGUGUAACCUGACGCGGGAGAACCAGGAGCUCCGCUGCCGCCUGGGUUUAGAUGCUCUGAAGACGGAGGAGGAUGACGAGUUCCAGAUUGUGAAGGAAUCCCAGGUGGAUGAGAUCGGAUUGGUGACCGGGUCCGCUGAGUCCGCAGCACUCAGACUACGUGUUCCUCUGCAGCAGGUGCAGGCCCAGCAGUCACCAUUUCUGAUAGUUUCCACAUGGAUUCUGAUGGCAGUGACUCUUCAGACUCUGAGUCUGAUCUCCUCUUGGGCUUUCUGGACAGUCUGGACCCAGAGUUGUUUCUCAAAUAUGCUGAUUCAGAGUCAACAUGCCUGGAAAAGCUGGAUGAAGAGAUCUCUGGAGAAACAAAUUCCAUACCUACCGCCCUCUCUCCCUCUUUGGGGUCCCCAUCAGCUAAGCUGGAAGCCAUUAAUGAACUCAUAAGGUUUGAUCAUGUGUAUACAAAACCCCUAGUAGUGGAGAUUCCUGUUGAAGUGGGCAACCAAACCAAUAUGCUAGUGAAAAUUGAGAAAGAAAACCUCUCUUCAUCUGACGACAAGGCUGUCCCUGAAGUCCCGGUGUCUGUGAAGAAGGAACCUGUAGACAGCUUCAUGCCUGAACUGGGCUUUUCUCAUCUGCUUUCUUCUUGUCAUAGCCUUGAAGCCUCGAGCUACCUGUUGGAUGGUUGUAGUGACUCUGGGUAUGAAGGAUCCCUCUCGCCCUUCAGUGAUACAUCGUCCCCGCUUGGCAGUGACCAUGCGUGGGAGGACAGCUUUGCCAAGGAACUCUUUCCCCAGCUCAUCAGUGUCUAACCUGUAGUGUUAACUCCCUGUGAACAGCUGUCCUGGCAGGAUAUCAGCGAUGCCCCUUUGGGGUGUAUGUGGGGAAAAUCAAGUCCAUUCAGAAAAGUGUUUCUCAUCUUUACCAUGCUAGUAGAUGGUAUGAAAAAGCCAAGGGUAUCCUGUCCUGGCAAUCCCCCCAGUCAGUGUUGGCUUAGGAGAGAGGCAGGUUUGUUUCUCAAGAACUUGCUCAUUCUCCAUGAACCUGAAAAUGGUUUGAUUUCCAGUUAACAUUUUAACACCAAAAACUAAACUGGGAUACUCAUGUAUGGUCAACUGGGCUAGACCUUAAUAGUCUCUAAGUCUUACAGCUUCACUAAAUGCUUGUUUUCCAUUUGCUAUGUAGAGUUGCUUUGUCCAUUUAAUAUUUAACUGUAUUGGUGCAAUUAAAAUGCAGUGCAGCUCA